CUGGCCUCCUAUAUUUAUAAUACAUCAAAUACUUUCCCAUUUUUAUUGAUCAGAAACAUAUUUUGAGGGAGGACGGCUCAUUUUUCGACCGAGUUUUUUGCCACUUCGAUUUGGAUUUUUUUUUUUUUUAAAUACAUAUGACAGACAGAAAACCUGAGGGCCGGGGGUGUUUUUUCCCUCGUUCAGAUAUGCUCCCUGUGAACAGAGGUGUUUGUGGAAACGCGCAGGAGCCUUCAGAGGCGCUGACUGCGGGGCGUAAGUAGCUCUCCAGGGUGCUGAAGUUGUCUCCAAACGCGACAGACGCGAGCCCUGCCUGUCACUCUCAGCCCCGUAAUCCAAACACAAUGACUUUGCUGUGUCUUCGCAUGAGCGACGCCGUGAAUCCUCGGGGUGAAUAGGUAAGGUUUUUGGGAUGGUUAGGUGAGGGUUUAUGUGGAGACGGAGAAGCAGACCCGAGAGGACACCUGUGAGAUUGUCUCACCGGACAUUGAAGCUGUCCUGAUGGCAUCAAAGACAUGGUGUCACUGGUCUAAUUGAUAAUAAAUAAAGUGAACGCAAAGAUUCACUUCACCUUGGACAUCCUGGAAGGAAAAUGCAACAUAUUCCUCCAAAUUUCAGAGGGACGCUAUGGGAGUCCAAUCAUCCAUAUAUCCCCAUCAUUAAAAGUCGACCAACUCUAACCACACUGCCCUUCUAUAACUUUCUAUUAUGGGUCCUCCUCGGAGUGUUGACGUUCCCUUGUUGUGUCCGAUGUUUGAUUUUCAAAGUGGGGGUCUUGGGGCCUUGGAACUGCGACCCUGUGUACUACAGAGCGCUGCCUGCUGCGGCCGCCAGGCUCGCUGUCAGCAGGAUAAACGGAGACCUGAACCUGGAUCUGGGCCUGAAAAUGGACUUUAUCAUCCUCCAGGAGCCCUGUGAAACAUCCAAAGCUCUCACCGCCUUUAUUUAUUAUGAGAAGAUGGCGGAUGCGUUUUUGGGCCCCACCAACCCCGGAUACUGUAUUGCAGCUUCUUUGCUGGCCAAGAACUGGGAUAAGGCCGUCUUCUCCUACGGCUGUGUUAACUAUGAGCUCGUCCGCACCACAGGAUACCCAACUUUCGCCAGAACAGUACCGUUCCCCACUGAGGUGUUGUUCACCGUAUUGAAACACUUUAGGUGGGCCAGUCUUGUGGUGGUCUCAUCCAAUGAGGAUAUUUGGGUGGAUACUGCUGGGAGAUUGGCCACUGCUCUAAGGAAUAAGGGGCUUCCCGUUCGCCUGGUUACACCUAUUGGUAUUAAUGAGACAGAGGUGGAGAACACACUGAGGAAGAUCCAAGCUGCAGGAGAGAUCAGAGCCAUAAUCAUGUGCAUGCACUCAAUCCUGAUUGGAGGUGAGCAGCAGGCUACUUUCCUUCUCAAAGCACGGGAAAUGGGUCUGACCUCGGGGAAGUAUGUGUUUGUUCCCUACGACACUCUCUACUACAGCAUGCCCUACACCAACGUCUCCUACGUUCCCUUGCAAAACAACAGCAGGCUAAGGGAGGCCUAUGAUGCUGUGCUCACUAUCACUGUGGCCUCUGAGCCUUUGUCUUUCAACGAGGCGUUCACUGCCGCCAAGAGGAGUGAGGAACUGACGCUGGCCGUGCAGGCAGAGCAGGUUAACCCCCUGUUUGGGACCAUCUAUAACAGUAUCUACCUCCUGGCUAAGUCCAUCCACAAUGCCAGGAGAGCAGGCAUGCAGCUGUCAGGUUCGAACCUGGCCUACUUCACAAAGAACACAACCUUUAGCGGUUUCAACCAAAAGGUCAAGGUGGACACUGCUAGGGAAAUCAAGACAAACUAUGUCAUCCUGGACACUGACAACAGUGGGAGCCAGCUGUACCAGACUUAUAUCGUGGAUCUGACGUCCGGAGAGCUUAGUUUUGCAGGGAGGUCCAUUAAUUUUCCAGGAGGAACCCCUCCACCGUCUGAUUCCAAAUGCUGGUUUGAAAAGAAUGCCAUCUGCUCAGGAGGUGUGGAGGUCGUCUAUAUCGUAGUGGUCUUGGCUGUCAUCUUGACUCUGGCUGUAGGAGGGCUCGGUAUAAGUCUUUAUAUCAGGCGGCGACUUCAACAGAUCCAGCUGAUCAAAGGUCCCAAUCGGAUCUUGCUUACCUUGGAGGAUCUCACUUUUAUCAACCCCCAGCUUAGCAAAAAGAAAAUCACUUUGGAGGAUCUGAGCGAGUCUAAGAGCGCUCUGGAGGAGAAAUCUGCAGACCGCUCACACUCUGUAAACAGCAUGCAGACAGCUACUCAUGAGACCACAAAUGUAGCCGUGUAUGAGGGCGACUGGGUUUGGCUGAAGAAAUUUGAGGAGGGCCACUUCAAGGAGGUGAAGCAGAGCACCACAAAGAUUUUCACAAAGAUGAAGGACCUGAGAAACGAAAAUGUCAAUCCAUUCCUGGGCUUCUUUUCGGAUUUCUCCAUGUUUGCGGUGGUGACGGAGCACUGCUCGCGGGGCAGUCUGCAGGACCUGCUGAGGAACGAGGACGUUAAAUUAGACUGGAUGUUCAAGUCCUCACUUUUGCUUGAUCUCAUCAAGGGUAUGAAAUACCUUCACCACAGAGAAUUUCCUCACGGCAGACUAAAAUCUCGUAACUGUGUGGUAGACGGACGUUUUGUCCUCAAGAUUACUGACUAUGGCUUCAAUGAGCUGCUGGAGUCUCAGAAAGCUCCCAUAGAAGAACCUCCACCUGAAGAUCUAUUUUGGACAGCUCCAGAGUUCCUGAGAGACCUUGCAAGCUCACGUAAAGGGACCUAUAAAGGAGAUGUGUAUAGCUUUUCUAUUAUCCUCCAAGAGGUGGUGGUCAGAGGGCCGCCAUACUGCAUGCUGGGUCUACCACCUGAAGAGAUCAUCCGUAAAGUAAAGAAGCCUCCUCCAAUGUGUCGCCCCACCGUGGCCCCGGACCAGGCUCCACUGGAGUGUAUCCAGCUGAUGAAGCAGUGCUGGAGUGAACUGCCUGACCGCAGACCAACCUUUGACGAAAUCUUUGACAGGUUCAAGCUCAUCAACAAGGGUAAAAAGACCAACAUCAUUGACUCCAUGCUGAGGAUGCUGGAGCAGUACAGCUCCAACCUGGAGGACCUCAUCAGAGAGAGAACAGAAGAGCUGGAGGUGGAAAAGCAGAGAACAGAAAAACUGCUGUCUGAGAUGCUCCCACCUUCUGUGGCUGAGGCUCUGAAGACUGGUGCCACAGUGGAGCCAGAGUACUUUGACGAGGUGACAAUCUACUUCAGUGACAUUGUAGGUUUCACCACCAUCUCUUCACUGAGUGAUCCCAUCGAGGUGGUCGACCUUCUCAAUGACCUCUACACUCUGUUUGACGCUGUGCUCAAUAGCCACGAUGUCUACAAGGUGGAGACCAUUGGUGAUGCUUACAUGGUAGCAUCAGGUCUGCCAAAGAGAAACGGCAACAAGCAUGCUGCUGAGAUCGCCAACAUGUCUCUGAACAUCCUCAGCUCAGUGGGAACUUUCCAUAUGCGGCACAUGCCAGAUGUUCCCGUCAGGAUACGAAUAGGAAUCCACUCAGGGCCCUGUGUUGCUGGGGUGGUAGGUCUGACUAUGCCUCGGUACUGCCUUUUUGGAGACACUGUCAACACUGCCUCUCGUAUGGAAUCCACUGGGCUGCCUUAUAGAAUCCAUGUGAAUAUGAGCACUGUGAAGAUCCUCCAUUCUCUUAAUGAAGGUUAUAAAAUAGAAGUCAGAGGCAAGACAGAGUUGAAGGGUAAAGGUAUUGAAGAGACAUACUGGCUUGUGGGGAAAACAAACUUUACAAAGCCUUUGCCAAAACCACCAGAGAUCAAACCAGGGGAUAACUGGCAGGAGAUGGUGACAGAGGAGAUCAAGACACUAUUUCGUAAGGCCAACAGGCAGGUGGACAACAAGAUCUAAAUGAGAGGAAGAGGAGCAAAGAUGUGAAAGAAGCAAAACCAGACACAUCCGGAGAAAGAAAGAGACAAAGAGCUGGGAGGGGCAGGCAGAGCAGAGAAGGCACCACGCAGCCUCUCACUGUGGCUUAAUGCAGACUUGUUUAAUAGGAUUGUCCAUCGACUGGCUAAUCUGCCUGCAGCCAACGCAGCAGAACGCGACGGUGCUAAUGUAAUGAGAGUUGUCGUAUUACCUGCCUACGUAUCUGCUGCCGAAAAGCACAAGGAAAGUGCACCCGCUCCUUAAUGAAGGAUGCACUCAUUCACUCCUCUCUACGCACACUGGCCACUGAGUGGUCACCUAUUUCAGGGCAACCAGAGGUUCACCCGUCAGAAGAUUGAACGCCCCAAAACGCCUAUUUCAAAAUGAAAUGUUUGUUUUUUUUCUGCUUAUAAUGUCUGUUUUUAGUUUGUCAUGAAAGCUCAUAAUAGAGUUGUGGAGCCAAGGCUGUUACUUAGCUAUGGCUAAAUAUUAUAUUAUGUUAUUAGCCCUCCAAAGCUGGAGGCAAAGGCUGCUAUUGUAUAUAACUAUCAAAAGAGAAGAAGAGAAAUUUGCCACUUUUAUUUCUACUCUACUAGAGCAGAAUGAGAAGGAACAGUCAGUCCAGUCCAUACAUGCCCAUUGUUUAAUUAUUUAUUUUUUAAAGAUGUCACCCUCUUAUUGUUUGACACUAAUGAAAAGGAAAGAUUAUUUUUCUUUUCUGCUAUAGUUAAUGGAAUUUUACUAUUUCCAAAGUGCUCAGUGGUUGCUUUAGUCCACUGACACGUUGUUGUAACACUUGAUAUCAUCAUCUAUAAUUCUGGUUGAAGUAAAUUGAGUUAACUGAUACAGCUACAUGCUACUGCUACAUCUCUGAAUGAUAUGACACUCCUGCUAGCAAUAAUAGUCCUGUAAUACGAAGCUAUAAUGUGAAAAGAAAUUAUUCAUUAUCGAUCAAAAUUUCAGCUUUUUUUUCUUUUCUUUUUUUUGCGUAUUAUUCUGUUAUCACAGUUAACUUUACAUCCUCUCUUUAAUGUGUCAAUAUAAGAACACAAUCUGUGUGUGUGCCUGUUCAUGCAACAAUUUUAUUUACAACAUCAACCAACCUUUCUUGACUACAGAGUAACUUUUGUACAUAAAUCCAUAGAUGUUUAUGUCUACGGAGUGUACAACAUUAAUCAUAUCUGGGAGUGUGACUGCUCAUUUUGCACCCUUCUACUAGGGUACAUUAAAACACUUCCAGAGUGUCAGGUAUAGUUUCCCUCACAGAAGCAUGGUGAUGUGUGCGAGCUGUGCACUGGCUGAACAUCGCCAUCUAGUGUUCAAAUUAAGACAUUUGCUAAGAAGCAUUGAACAGAUUUUUAUUAUUGAGUGCUUUGAAGUAAAAGAAUAAAAGCGACAAAAUGUAGAUGCUGACUGCAGUUUAUUGAAAUGGCAUGUAGGUGUAAGGGAAUACCUGGGAGCACAAAUUUAAAAGAAAAACAUGAAUCCAAAUAAAUGAUAAUGAUAUUAAUAUGUUACUAUGUAUUUGUCAAAGUUUUGACCUAAACCCCAAAAUAUAAAGUCUCGUCUCAACCAAACCAAAUUAUUGUUUUUUUUUAAACAACAUUUAGAAAUAAUCCCCUUAUAUUCUAUGAUUUUAAUGUUGACUAUAGGAGAAGCGUAAUUCAUGCUUGGUGUACAGCAAAGUCAGUCAUUGUGUAAUUUAUAUGUUGUUAUUUUGUCUUGUGUAUUA